AUGAGGUUUUGGCAUGGUUAAAAAAAGACCAUGCUACUAAAAGACCGAUUUGACACCCGGUAGCAAUCGCCAGUUUUAGGUAGGCUAGCUAUAGUAACUAGCUAUAGAGAUAGUACCUGCUAGCUAAAAAAGGCCACCGAUUGGUUUUAGCUUAUACGAAAAAUGUUUUUAUUUUCCACUCCGAAAAAUAAAAGUCAAAGUGAUCUCCAUGGAUAAAUGCUUAUUGAUCAUCACUAUCUUUAAUGAUAACGGGCAACCCCUGUUCGUCACUUAUUUCAAAGAUCGUUCCGAAAGCGCUGAGAAAAGAGUCGAACUUUUCUUCUCAGAGAUCACCCACGUCUAUUUUGGGCGUCUCCGCCCUUAUGUCUGUCAAAGAACACGCAAACUUGGAAGGUACCUUCUGCCAAAACAACUUGAAAUACGUCAUUCUGAAUAUGAAAAUCUCCUUGGACUACGAAAAUAGUGUCCUCGAGGCUUUAAAUGUAAUUUCUCUCGAUUCGAACAUCUUAAACGAAAACUUUGGCGUUUUUUGGUGAGGCUCCAUCCGGCUCAGUAAAACGUCUUCUCGUUCUGUCCAAGUGUCCGUCCACCGUUGUUAUUUCGAAAACAAAGUACGAAAUGAAGACAAGAAUAGUUUACAACGCUGUAAUAGUCAAAAAAUUUCGAAUGAAUAGAGAAUGACGCUUACACUAAUCAGCGCGUGAUCAACAAGGCAGGCAAACACUCGAUGAUGAACUAUAUAAGGUGGGGCGUACGAUGGCUCAGUCAGCAUCCAUUCACUCGCAAAUUCCACAUGAACUUCUUCCUCUGCUUCGUCGCUCUUCUCUUCUGUCUUCUCGAACCCUCUGACGCCGCAGUCCUGAGGAGCCGCCGUCAAGUCGUCAGCAACCUCGUCGGAGAUCCUUUCCUUGGUGGUCCUUCCAGCAUGGGUACGUUUUCUCCUUUUUAUUCUUUUCAAAAAAAAGCCUCAAACCUGAAUCAAUUUGCUGGAACCAACGUCAUCAGUGUCGUUUUGCAGGAUGGGCUCAAGUUCCACACAUCGGAAGUCCAAUGUUCUCUCCCGUUUUCGGCCGAAAAUAG